AUGGGCAGAUGAUGGGCUCUCCUGAUGAGGCGGUUGCUCGGUUGUGUUAAGUGAAACACCUUCAAGCGCUUCAGCACGAUGGCAGCGCAAUUGGCCGAAGCGCUCACGCGUGCGAGCGACGCGGCCGUGCUCCUGGAGCGCGGCGACGCCGCGGAGGCCUGCGCGCUGUACCGCAAAGCCGUCAAGCUCACGGCGAAGGCCGUGCGCAGCGACGCGGCGCUGGCCGAGGCCGCGGCGCUCAUGGCCGACGCCUUGCUCGCAAAACUUGCCGCGGCCAAGGGCGCCGAGCCGUCGGCGGCGCCGGCGGACCGCGUCGUCGCGUGCGAGGCGCUCGCCGGCGCGGCGCUCGACGCCGCGGCGCGGUCGCUCGCGGCCGACGGCGUGGUGGUCGUGCGGCGGCGCGCGGACGCCGGCGACGUGCGGCGCCUCGGCGCGCACGCCAAACGCAUCGAGGCGCUCGUCGCCGACCGCGCGCGCCGCGGCGCGUUCUCGUGCCUCGAGGCCGCGAGCCGCCGCCGGGGCCGCGUCGACGUCAAGCUCGACGCCUGCGGCCACGGCGCCUUCGACGCCGCGGCCGCGGACCUGGCCCGCUUCGCGCGGCGCGACGACCGCUGGCUCUGGCCCUUGGCGCGGCGCGUGCUCGGCGACGACGUCGUCUUGGCGUACGUCGGGCUCGUCGCGUCGUUCCCGGGCUCCGACGACCAGCCCUGGCACGCGGACGGCGUGAAGCUCUUCCCGGGCCACGGCGGCGAGCUCCCGGCGCACGCGCUCAACUGCUUCGUGCCCCUCGUCGACGUGACGCGCGCCGCGGGGCCGACGGAGUUCGCGCCCGGGUCGCACCGGCCGCAGGCCGAGCGCGCGCUCGACGCCGAGCUCCGCCGCGGCGGCGCGCCCCGCGACGUCUUCGCGCCGGAGCUGGCGCCGGGCGACCUCCUCGUCUACGACCAGCGCACGGUCCACCGCGGCGUCGCCAACGUGUCGCAACACUCGCGGCCCAUCCUCUACCUCCUCUUCUGCCGGCCCUGGUUCCGGGAGCACAUCAACUUUGGCUCGACGUCGCUCUUCGACGACGACGACGAGCCGCCCCGGGAAAAGAAGAAGCACCGGGGACUUUGCACGAUGGACGCCGACGACGACCUCGCCUGCGACCUCGAGUUCUUCGCCUGCGCGCAGCGCGUCGCCGCGUGGGACGUGGUCGAGCCCGACGCGCCGCCGCCCCCGGCCCGGGACCGGCUCGGUGCGCUCGAGCGGCGCGUGCGGCGGCUCUCGCGCCGCGUCGAGGCCCGGCGGCCCCGGCCGGCGGCGCCGCGCGAGAGCUCGCGGCGGGGCAGCCUCGCGGCCUGGGAGCGGCGCGCGCUCCUCGAGGCCGUCGAGCAGCAGCUCGCGGCGCGCGCCUUCGGGAGCUUCUACUGCUGGACGCAGUUCACGCUCGUACACCUCGAGCUCGACGUCCGCGCCGUCGCGCGCGCGCUCGCGGCCUUUUGCGGGCUCGGCCUCCAGGCCUUCGUGCUCGCCAUGGCGCUCGACGCCAAGUACGCCGCGUGGCGCGAGCGGGCCGACGAGCUCGAGGACGACGACGACCGGGUGGACUGGCGGCUCCGGAGCCGGCACGGCGUCGGCGGCGUGCCGUCGCUCGUGCUCUUCCCGCUCUGCUUCGGCUCCCUCGUGCUCGCGCUGUCGCUCCGGUCCGAGCUCCACGAGCUCGUCGUCGGCGCGCUGCUCGUCGUGCCCGCGGCGCGCGAGCUGACGUACCGCGCGGGCUGGCGCGGGCGCGUCGCGUGGUUCGCGGCGCGGUCGCUGGCCUACGGCGUCCACGUCGCCAGGCUGGGCCUCGUCUUCCUCUACCUGCGCGUCUCCGCGGCGCUCCUGGGCACGGCCGACGGGCCCGUGGACAUCAUCGUCGACUGCCUGACGCUCGUCUUCGUCCUCGAGCUCGACAACCUGAUGCGGCUCGCGGGGCGGGAAAAGGCUCCGAUCUCGGCCGUCUCCCACUCGCGCCUCGACGCGUCGCGCACGCUCUUCGGCCGCGCGCGCGCGUCGGCGAACGACCGCGCGCGCCACCUCGGCGCCAAGCUCCGGGCCAUCGCCGCGGCCACGCUCGACGCGGGCACGUCCGGGCGGCGCGCGGAGGCGCGGUGCGAGCACGCGUGCGUCGUCGCCUGUGUCGUCGCGCUCGCGGGCCUCGUGCUCCUCGCGGCGUGCCGCAUGCAGCGCGUCACCGCGCGCGGCGACGUCACCGUGCCCGGGGACCCGGACCGGGACGCCAUGGCCGCGGCGCUCCACUGGGUCUCCAAGGCCAUGAUCCUCGUCGUCGCCGCGCUCGUCUGCGCUCGGCCCGUUGAGGCCGUGCGGGAGGGCUUCGUUGAAGUUUUACUUGCAUUCGAGUUACCGCGCUCCUCGGAGUCGAUGGCUUCCAGCCUGCUCGUCAUCGAGACGGUCGCGGAGCAUGCGGUGCUCGACGCCUUCGACGCGGUGACGCUCGCCGUCGUGUCGCGGUCGUGCCGGGGCGCGGCGCGGCGCGCGGUGUCGCGGCGCUUCGGCGCCGUCACGGUGGCGCCCUACCUCUGCGACCUCGGCGAGGCGUCGCGGCGGACGCUCGACGGCCGCGGCCUGCGGGCGCUCGCGCGCCUCCUGAGCGGCGGCGGCGGCGUCGAGUGCGUCCUCGACCGGCUCCUCGGCGCGUCCGACGCGGCGCUCGCGGCCUUUUGCGCGUCGCCGGACGUCGCCGCGCGCUGCGAGCGGCUCGCGGUGCGCGCGUGCCCGCGGCUGCGGUCCCCGGGCGCGCUCGUCGGCGCGCUGCCGCGGCUGCGGACGCUGAGCCUCGAGCGCUGCGGCCAGCUCGCGGACGCGGAGCUCCGCGACGCGCUCGCCGCGGCGCCGCCGACACUCGAGGGCCUGUCGGUGGCCGGCUGCUCCGUGACGACGACGGACGACUUCCUCCUUCGCGCGGCCGCCGCGCCCUGCGCGCCGUCGCUCGCGUUCCUCGACGUCUCGGGCAUGAAGAAGCUGACGAUCCGGGGGCUCGCGGCGCUCGGCCGCGCGGCCGGCGCCCUCCGGAGCCUCCGCCUCGACGGCUGCGACGGCGUCGACGUGGCCGCGCUGCUCCGCGACGCGGCGCUCUUCCCGGCGCUCGCGGAGAUCCACGCGAAGCGCGGCUCCCCCGGCGCCGCGCGGCGGUCCGACCUCUUCGCGGGCCUCGCGGCGCGGCCGCGCCUCGAGGUCGCGUCCCUAGCCGCGCAGUGCUUCUUCGCCGCCACGCGGCGCGGGCCCCGCGACGCCGCGCCCGUCGCCGCGGUCGCCGCGCCGCGGCUCGCGCGCCUCGAGCUCCAGGGCUGCAGCGUCGACGCGGUCGCGGUCGCGUUCUUCCGAGGCGGCCCGCGGCGCGGGCUCCUCGCCCUCGACCUCUCGGCGUGCUCGGGCGCGGCGCGAGAACACCUCGAGGCCGUCGCGGCGCGCUGCCCGGACCUCCGGUCGCUGCGCCUCGCGUGCCUCGCGCCGACGCUCACGUCCGACGCGCUCUGCGGCCUCGUCGCCGAGCUGCCGCGGCCGGAGCAGCUCAAAUUGCUCGACGUCACGUGGAACGACGGCGUCACGGCGGGCGGCGUCCGCCGCGCCGCGGAGCGGCUCUCGCCGGACGCGACGAUCCGCGCGAACGGCAAGGCGCGCGCUCGAAAGCGGCCCCACGCGGCCGGCCGCUGCCCGGCGCAGCGCGCCGACGGCGAGGUCUUCGAGAGACGGGUCGCGUUCUCUUGCGGGACGUGCUCCCCGGGGCAGGGCGACGUCUUCUGCGAGCACUGCGCGGCGACGUGCCACGCGGGCCACGACGUCGUCUACAAGGGCAAGAUGAAGAUGUUCUGCGACUGCCCGACGCUCUGCGCCGGGCACCGGUGCUGCCCCCGGGGGCAGGCUCGGUGUGCAAGGUGA